AUGGAUUUAACAACAUCAACUCUCAAUGAUUCCAUUACCGCAAAGUGGAGACAAGAACAUUCAGAUUUUUCCACUGUUGCUUUGUUCUUUGUUUUUGUUUUUUGGCGAAAAGACAUCGCAAGUGAUGAUGGAGAGAAAGGAGAUGAAGAAGAAGAAGCCAGAAAUAAAAUGAAUUGUAUAACAAUUCAGAUGCAGAUGAGCAUGGAAUUAUAA